AUGCAGUCUUUGUACCCAAACUUUACUAAUCAAUACAACAAUACUUAUAAAAUAAGACUAGUAACUCUUAGACCUCUUAUUAGCAAACCACAAAGCAUAGAUAUCUGUAAUAGAAUCCAUGAUCUUAAUAAACAGACGGAAAAGUGUUUUAUAAUUGGUAUUUUAUUUAUAUCUAGUGAUCUUAAAACUACUAUCUUCGACAAAUUGAACACAAACAAGAAAAAAGUAGAAUUUAAAAAAUCUACUUACAUUUCUAAAGAUAUUAAAUAUUUUGUAGAAGAUGAAACUGGUAGGAUAGAAAUUAUGCUAAAUAGUAAACAAAAAGAUUUUUUAUGUACAGGAAUGUGUCUUGGUUUUAUUGGAAACCUAAAAAAUAAUAUUUUUAAUGUAGAGGAAAUUGUGUUCCCUAAUGCACCUGAAAAAAAAGAAACAGUGUUAAGCACAAAAAAGGUUAUUUUUGUGUCUGGGCUGUUUAUUGCGAAUAAUAAAAAUUUAACUGGUAUUAAAGUUAUAACAGAUUAUCUUUUUAUGCAUGGAAUAGAUGAGUUAGUGAUAUUUGGGCGAUUUUUUGAUGAUGAUUUUAAUUUAUUUAAAAAGUGUUUAGAAAGUUUACAUAGUAAUAUAAUAUUAAUUCCUGAAUACCGUGAUUUUAGUUGUAUGUCCUUCCCUCUGCUUCCCGUCCAUAAAAAGUUAUUUAAAAAAAAUAUCAUUUCGUAUUCAAAUCCUUGUAUCGUAGAUUUAUGUGGUAAAUCUGUUGCAUUCACUUCUCAUAAAAUUUUGCAAGAUUUAUUAAAAUACAUUGAUCAGGAUAUUCAAGGAAUACAAUAUGAGGCAGAUGGGUAUAGAAUGCAUCUUAAGGAAGAAAAAAUGGAUACAACACCUGUUCAUGUACAAGAUUUUAAUACAUUAAAUUUGCUAAAAGUGGUAAAAGGUCUUAUUAGAGCAAGAUUGUUAGCACCCAAUGGACCCGACACCUUAUCUAUUAUUCCUUACAGUGAAUCUGAAGUAUUUUUUAUCGAUAAAAAGAUUGAAUAUUUUUUUGUACCAAACUGUGAUGAACAAUUAUUUAUUAAGGAAGAUAGUACAGAAUGUAUUGUUGUUACUAUUCCAAACUUCCAUGAGACAAAAAAAGUAGUAGUAGUAGAUUUUAAAAAUAAUAGUGCUGAAUACAUAGAAUAUACAGAAUAA